CCACCGCUCUGUAUCCUCUCCGGGCCCCACCCCCUGCUCCACGGCCCGGACGCGGGACGAUAAUAGAGGCCCAUCUUGAGCUCCUCAUUCUCUUCUCUUCACCUCCUCCCAGACCCAAACCCUAAGGAAUCCAUCGGCCAUGGCAACGACAUUGGAACGGAGAGAGCUCGGUAACACCGGCCUCAAGGUCAGCUGCAUCGGCUUCGGCGCCUCCCCUCUCGGCAACGUCUUCGGCCACGUCUCUACUGGCGACGCCCUCGCCGCCGUCGGCGACGCCCUCCGCCUCGGCAUCAACUUCUUCGACACCUCCCCGUAUUACGGGGGGACGGUCUCGGAGACGGUGCUGGGGAACUGCCUGAAGGAGCUCGGGGUGCGCCGGGACGAGAUCGUCGUCUCCACCAAGUGCGGCCGGUACAUCGAUGGAUUUGAUUUCAGCGCCGAGAGGGUGACGAGGAGCAUUGAUGAGAGCCUCGCGAGAUUGAAGAUGGACUACGUCGACAUCCUCCAUUGUCACGAUAUCGAGUUCGGCUCCCUCGAUCAGAUUGUGAAUGAGACUAUUCCUGCGCUUCAAAAGUUAAAAGAGACAGGGAAGAUUCGAUUUAUUGGAAUAACGGCCCUCCCUCUGGGGAUUUUCACGUAUGUGCUCGAUAGGGUACCACCUGGUUCAGUAGAUGUGAUUCUUUCGUAUUGCCAUUACAGCAUCAAUGAUUCAACCCUUGUAGAUUUGCUCCCCUAUUUGAAGGGCAAGGGAGUUGGGGUGAUUAGUGCUUCGCCACUCGCAAUGGGCCUUCUCACAGAGAAUGGUCCACCAGAGUGGCAUCCUGCAUCUCCAGAGCUCAAGUCUGCAUGUGGAGCUGCAGCAGCUCAUUGUAAGGAAAAGGGAAAAAACAUUUCAAAGGUAGCUCUACAGUACAGCUUGACAAAUAAAGAGAUCUCAGCUGUGCUUGUUGGCAUGAACUCUCCCAGACAGGUCGAGGAGAAUGUAGCUGCUGCUCUAGAAUUAUUGCAUGAGGGGCUGGAUGAAGACCUUUUGGGAGAGGUCUCAGCUGUUCUGGAGCCCGUCAAAAACCAGACCUGGCCUAGUGGCAUUCAGCAAAGAUGAUGCCUACCAAAUAUUUAGUGUUAUGAUGCCAGUAUUCUCUGCUUUUUUUUUUUUGAGGCAUGAGAGCCUACGCUACUUUGAAUUGCUGGCUGCAUGGAUCUUGUUCUAGUUUUGCUAUUAAAGAAAGGGAUUUUUUGCAUGUAUAACCCUGCUAAAAUGUGAGAACUCAUGGUCUGGCAUGGUGAAAAUAAGUAUCUAGCGUUAUGA